AUAAAACACCCAGCUUCGUAUAUUCUCCCCGGUAGGCUAUUCAGCAUUUAUGCAGGAUAAUUAGAGGACAGAAGAAUGGCAAUUGCAAUCCCUUUUCGAUUUAGCAUUUAUUUAUAUUUGACUAUUAAAAUACUUUGAAUUUCAAUUUGAACUUCAGUCACGAAAAUAUACCAUUUCCACGUCGCUGGCCUAGCUACGCUAAAGUCACAAUGUAAAACUGGGCCAACCCGGUGUCGUGGCAAAGGCAGCCAUUGUGACGUCAGAUUUGAGAGAAUCUUUUGUUGAUUAAAAUAUAUUCUUACAUAAAAUUUUGCAGUUAUUCAGUUUUCAGACAGACCUACAGUACGAUGAAGGUAUCUGCGUCUCUCAUUUUUUUACUUUCAAUCUCAUUUCAGAUUUUUAAUAGUUUACCAUAUCGACAUAGGCAAGGAUUUGCACCUGGUUCAAAGAUAAAAUUGGGCACGGUUGAAAAGCAAAGCGAUUGGGACAGAUUUCACCGAAAUGGUAAGAAUCCCGUUCACUUCAAAACCUUCCAGAAUAAGAAAUUACUUGACGGAAAAGAAUCAAAACAUCACUUUUACAAAACCGACGAGUCACAUGCAAAAGACGUAAAAGGAAGAAAGAAGUUUGGGAAACCCAUCGAAGAUCAGCUGGACAAUGAAUCUUAUUUCUCAGGAGAGAGCCAUGCUUCAAAGAAAAACGGUGAGCUGUUUCAAGACUCCUUUCAAAACAAAGUGAAUGAAAUUUCCAGUGACAGCAGUGCAACAGGAAAUACAACACCGAAGAUUGGGAAAGUAGUGAUAGCUAAACAUAAAUCGAACGAUCCAUCUCACGCAAAAUGGUCUUCAAAACAGAAAAAUAGGGUCAGCAAGGCUGUUGUCAUUCUUCUGAGUGUAAUCAGUGCUCUGAUUGUGACAGUAUUGUUGAUUGCCCUCUGUUCCAAUGUAAGUCCACGAUUUGCUGAUUGGAUGGCUAGAAGGAACAGAGUAGGGUAUAUACCUUUAAACACAAUUGAUCUGGAGGAUGGCCAAAGAAAAACUGUUGGAAAAAAUGAAACGGUCACCAAAACCAUUCCUCAAGACGCAUAUACCAAGCGUGAUCAAAGCUCAAAUUCGGACGAACAUUAUUUGAAUACGAACAGUACCAGGUCCGCUUCAAAUAUCCAAGAAAGUUCUGGCACCAUCGGACUCAACCAAUCGGCGAUCCGGAACAGUCACAGCGAUACAGGCAUUGACUGUGAAUCUUCAAAAGACAUUGAAAGCAGAGAUGAGGACAUUACAGCCCCAGUCUCCUUGGACAUGUCUUCGUUAUCAAUGAUCUACAUGGGUAUAUACAACGUCAUUGAGACAGAUUCAAGCAGUGAUGGAAGCAGCUCACCUAGCUCAACUUCAAGUGAGAUUGACGUCAUAAAACAAGACACGACGGUAGGAUGCUCUGACUGGCCAUCGUAUGUUGCCGGAAGAAUUAAGAACAAAUUGCCGAGAAAAGAAUCUGCAGAGAAGAGAGAGACAGGCAAACGCUUUGUGGCUUUAGAUAAAGUGUGUGCAUCAGUCCUAGCCAAAGAUGUAAUCACUCCUCCUGAAAACGUUCAAAUGCCUAUUAGAAGUAAGGAAACAAUCGCUCUGCCAAAAUUCAACACAAGCUCCGAUGAUAGACUCUAUAAACAAGGAAUCUACGAGACAUUCACUUCUUACAAAGAUGGCUUUACAAAGAAGAAAGCUGGUAAAAUUAAGAAAGAUAGUCUAACUGAUAGCAAAGAAGUUCCUAGAGGGGAUCUAACUUUGGCGAAGAAACAAGAACAAAUAAGCUUUGAAGGUGAUUCAUUUACAAACGCCAUAGGUCAGAAUUACUUAGAGCCUACCGGAGCAAGAGAGAGAAUUAAUGCAUUAUUAGAAAAGAGGAAGAGGUUUUUAGACGGAAACAAUACAUUAGCAAGAUCUUCCCAUUUCAUUAAAGGAAAGACACGAUUAGACAGUUUAACGGGAGACAGACGACAUACCAUGCCAAAAAGGCAAGUAGAGGCUUUGAACUACAAAUUUUCAUAUGGUUGCUACGAUUCAGAAGAAGAAGAAGGAACGAUUGAUAUAAAGCAAAGACUGUUUAUUAACUCCAGGAAAACUACAGAGCGUCAAGCGUCUUUGGCAAAUGGAUUUGAGGACAAAUGUGAUGCUACAAAGGAAACCAGUUUAGAAGAACAAGACAGUAGUGUGGACUGGGAUGAGUUAAUUGCUGAAAGAGUUAAGUGUGGCCUUGAGACAAAGGCAAACCUACAAGUUAGCAAAGAAGAACUACAUGGCUUGCAAGACGCAGGCGCUGGCCAUUCUGAUCAUAAUCACAAGCUGAAUACCCCAAAUGAAGAGGAUCAUAUACCCAAUGAUAAAGCCUAUGGAAAUGACUUGCCUACUAUAUCCGAAAUGGCAAAGAAACAAAUAAAGGUAUACGAUGCAGUCAUGAGGGGGGAUCUUCUAAGCCCUAGUUGUCAUGGAUAUGAGGAACUGGCUGCAUGUCUAAAAAACUGGAGGGAUGAAAUAGGCCCAGUACGCUCUGUUGAGGACUGGGGUGAUUAUAAUUACACUCCAGCUUGUUUAAGAUAUGAAACACCUUUGCCACUAAGAGACAGGACGAAAGGAUCUGGAAUCAGAAAAGGCACAUUGCUUGGGAGUCGCAGUUCUAAUUCACUCUUUGAGGGCGAUGGUCCUGAAACUUGUAAAAAAAUAUGGACUGCCCUGGAGCACUUAGUGGACAAUGAAUCAGUAAUAGAAGACGUGAAAAAUGUUGAUAUCGAGCGAAAUACUUUGAAUACAUCGUUGAAAAAUACUACGGAGGAACACACAGAAGCAUCUAAAACUGUAGAUACCAGCAAUGAAGUUAAUUCGCAGAAUCUUGAUGAUAGAGUCAAAGAAAGAUUGGCUAACGAAAACAUAGAAGAUAUGCAUAGUGCUGUGAACACUAAUUGUCACAUCAAAAAUGACACUGAGGAAAAAAUUAAUUCAAGCAAUGACUCAAAGAGAGCAGAAACAUCUUUCGAUGAUACUAAAGAAAGAGAAGUGCAAAAAAUGAAUGCGUUUUACUCUGAAAAAGACUCUGAGAUUGAUACCAAUCAAGGCUUUUCGAAGAACUAUAGUGAGAAUGGGAAUUCAGAGUCGACCAGAGAUGCAGUCCAAGAAUCAGACAGUAACAGCUCCUCGACGUCAUCGUUAUGGAACGUAACGACAGAAUCUUCAACAACAAGUGGAAGUUUGGCAUCAGCUCUAAACGAGUGUUUUUCAGUUGAUGAUAUAUGUCAUUAUUCUGAAGAAUUUGUUCUGACAAGAGAUGUUGCAGUAAAAGAGAAUCAGUCCAAUUAUAGCAAAACCUUGCAGAACGAGUUCUCCCGUGCCAUGUUGCCCAAACUGGCUCUUAAGCAAUCUUCAGCGUUCAAAGCCUUUGGACAUUUGCGGAGGUCAAUGAGUGACAGUGGCAUUAGUAUUCUGUCUCGUUCUGCUGCAAAUACCUCAACAAUCCAAGAUUUGAGCUUCCAGAAGAACAAAGCGACUGGGGUGCUUAAAAGCAAUUCAAAUAUUGAAAUUCAAAGUGGGAAAACUUUGACUGAUCAUUCGGCUCAAUCCAUAACAGAGGCCACAAACAUUGUAUCUGAUAAAUGUCUGCAAGUAGGAAAAGCUGGUAGAUUUUCAAAGAAACGAUGGAAGUUCAUUAGAAGAAUGUUCAGGUCAAAAAAACGUGGCAUCGAAUUGGCAUCUAAUAAAGGCUGGCCUGCUGAGCACGAAGGAAUAAAGUCAUUUCCAAAAAGAAAGAGAUUUUUCGAAAAAACCAAGAACAAAACCUAAUGUGGCUGUAUUUCGUAACGUAAUGUAAUAUUUAACUUAUGCUUUCGCCUAUAUGCUCAUGACAGGGAGUAAAUUGAUUUUGUUUUUUUUCUGAGCUAUUUAAAGGUCGAUUCCAUCCAGACCUAAAAAGUGUUAUUUUACUCAUUCUUCACAAUUGGUUGUCUCAAUGCCAAUAACAAAAUCUUGAAAGAGUACAAUAGAAAAAGAGUCAUUUUCCCCGA